UGCUGCUGCCGUUCACUGACGCGCACACACACAUAUACAUACACACACACACACGCAAACAUAAACACGCGUACACACAUAUACAGAGAGACCCCAAACCAGCACUGGCCAGGGCGGCGGAGGUGCUCGAUUUCCACCAGAAAUGUCUCGCUGUGCUGACACAAACAGCUCCAGUAAUACCUAUAAGUUGGUAGUCGUUGGUGGAGGUGGCGUUGGGAAAAGUGCCUUGACAAUUCAAUUUAUCCAGUCCUACUUUGUCACAGACUAUGAUCCCACUAUUGAAGAUUCCUAUACAAAGCAAUGUCAAAUAGAUAGUAUAGUAGCACGCUUAGACAUUCUUGAUACUGCUGGUCAGGAAGAAUUUAGUGCUAUGCGAGAGCAGUACAUGCGAACUGGUGAAGGUUUUCUGCUUGUGUUCUCUGUAACAGAUAGAAGUAGUUUUGAGGAAAUAUAUAAAUUUCAAAAACAGAUCUUAAGAGUAAAAGAUCGAGAUGAAUUCCCCAUGAUUUUAGUUGCAAAUAAGGCAGAUUUAGAAGAUAACCGAUCGGUUAGUAAAGAUGAAGGCUUGGAACUCGCCAGGCAGCUGAAAGUUAGCUAUACAGAAGCAAGUGCCAAAAACAGAAUGAAUGUUGACCAAGCAUUCUAUGAUUUGGUCAGAAUUAUCAGAAAAUUCCAAGACGAAGAACGUCCACAAGUGAAACCUGAGAAAAAACUGAAACGAGCCUGCUGUAUACUGUAGCAUAUUAUCCAGUGUCUCUGCUUCUUCAGAUAACAAGAUAUUAAUAACAACAACAACAA